AUGGGCGAUGAAGUACCAGAUGUCAAUACUCAUAUUUAUCAGGAACAAUAUUUUGCUUGUGAUGAUGAAGAUGGAACUGGAGAUUUCGAUUUUCCUGAUAAUGAUACAUUAAAUGAUGGCGGGUUUGAAAUAGGAGAAAGCAGUAAUCCUAAUCUAGGACAACCACAUGAUACACAUGAUUACGUUUCACCUGGUGGCACAUUGUAUUGGACCCCAAUUGUUUUAGACGAUAUCAAACCAAAAGAAGAAAAUGUCCCAUCGUUUACUUUUGAGUAUAAAGUCUUGAACAAAAGAUUGAAUGCUCUAUUAUGGGCUGAUGAAACAACAAAGUAUAACUACAAUUCCUUCGGAGACGUUGUAUCACUCGAUGCCACACUUAGCAUGAAUAAGUAUGAUAUGGUUUUUGUUCCGUUCACUGGCAUUGAUAACCACAAAAAAUGUGUAACAUUUGGUGCUGGACUUUUAAGUAAAGAAGAUGGAGUUUCUUAUGAAUGGUUGCUUAGAGAUUUUUUGAGAGCUUUUAGAAAACAACCUCAAUUGGUUAAAUCUGACCAAGAUCCAACUUUGAAAAAAGCUAUUAAUACCGUUUUCCCGUCCGCACAUCAUAGGUUAUGUAUGUGGCAUAUUACUAAGAAGUUUCCAAAUAAGGAGUUUAAAAUUACAGAUAACAGUUGGAUGAAUCUCAUGUAUGGGUUGCGAAGAUAUUGGAUUGCUGCAUUUUUUAAGCACAUUCCAAUGUCUGGUCUUAUGCGAACUACAUCACCGUCUGAAAGUCAGAAUUGGUCAUUCCAAACAACUACAUUAACCGGUUCUUAUCUUAUCAUGUUUAUGAUGACAUUUGAUUCAGUCAUGGAACGACAAAUACAUAAUCAAAUUCUCAAUGAUUUUAAUACUGUCACAGCUUUUCCUAAAUUCAUUACCUGUAGUCCGAAUGAACCUCAUGCUUCAAAGGUCACACACUCAACAAAAGACGGUUCAUUCAAAUGUACUUGUAUGCAUUUUGAACAUGUCGGGAUCUUAUGUAGACACAUAUUCUGUGUGUUUAAGUACUAUGACAUCGAACAACUUCCUGAAAAGUACAUUCUAAAACGUUGGCGCAGGGAGGUUAUUCCAACAAAAUUACUUAGAAGACGGUUCACUAAAUCUUUUGACGAUUCUAAUUCCGACAUGACUGCAAUUAAUAUCCUCAACACAGUUGACUGUUGUGUUUCUUUUCUUUGUCAUGAUGCAACUAAAUUGAAGUUAUACAUUGACGAGCAUAAUAAGUUGAAAAAAUUUUUGUUGAUGAUUGUCCAAAUCAUGAAGUACCGACCAUAUAGAACAUUUCAACAAGCUUCAAGGCGUGGUAGUUCCUGA